AUGGAGAUGGCAAGGACUCGUGCUCUCCUCCAAGCUGGGAGUGUACGGCCUCCAAUCGUUACUCCAAUCCAAUCGCUUGAUCCCAUUUCUGGAAAUAAAGCUAUUAUGGCCGAUGGCAGCAACCACGCAUUCAGUCUUCCUGCAGCAGCCUCCACCAUCCCACAGUUCGCUCUCAGGGACCUCCACGAAUGGCUGGAUAGCGUGCUUAAUGAAAGCACCACGGGGACAGUCUACUCCCUUAGGGGCCAUCCGAGCCUCGCUGUGAAGAAGGUUCCUCUCGACGGCCUGGGUAAGGGCAACGUGGACGCCAUCAGGCUCGAGCUGGCCACCCUUCCCGACCUCUCCCACCCGGGGGUUCUCAGGUAUCAUCAAGUGAUUGAAGACGAGGGCUUCAUUUACAUCGUCAUGAAUCGCCACGACAAGACCCUCGAGCAAGUGUUUAUCGACUGCAAGCGGAGGAAGACCCCCGUCUCUCCCGAGCUGAUCCUCUCCAUUCUGAGGCAGCUCGCCGCCGCCCUCGCCUACCUCCACAGUGUCAGUGUGGGAGGUACUAGAGGCCUCGUCCACCGCGACCUCAAGCUUGCGAACGUCCUCGUCAGCGCAGAUGGUGAACACUUCAUCAUCGCCGACUUCGGCCUCUGUAAGGACGCCCUGAGAUGCGGGAGCACCAUUGCAGGCACGGCAGUAUACAUGGCCCCCGAGGUGCUCCUCCACAACGAGGCCAGCCCCGCCUCCGACGUGUGGAGCCUCGGGGUCAUCAUUUAUGAACUAGUAACUCUGAGGAGGCCGGACUUCUUGGGGGGCAAGGAGCCGGCAGAGGUCUUCGUCGACGGGUGGAGGCCGGACCUGAGCGGUGUCGCUGAUGGCUUCAUGCAGAACGUUCUGGAGAGGAUAUUCGUGCUGGAGCCAGAGAGGAGGCUGACGGCCAAAGAAUUGUGUAAGAUGCUCACCACAUCUAAUGUCCCAGUUAAUGAGCUGGGACAUCGGUAUGUGACGCUAGAAGGCAAGUGCAGCGCUUUGGAGGCUGCUCUGAACAGUGCUAAUGCUAGUAUCACGCUUCUAAAGAACGAGCUCAAGGCCAACUCAGGUAGGAUCACCGCUCUUGAGGUGGCCCUCGACGCCAGGUCUGUUGAGAUGGUGUCCCAAUUGACCGAGAUUGCCUCUCUCAAGGAGGCUCUCGAGACGAAGGCUGCUAGGAUCGACGCACUCGAAGAGAACGCAAGGGCGAGGGAGGACAAGGUCGCCGCCCUUGAGCAGGAUCUCGGAGUAAGAUCUACUAAGAUAGACGCGCUCGAGAAGGAUAUCAAUACUAAGACGGACAGGAUUAGUGCCCUUGAGAAGGACCUCAGUGCUAAGUCCGCUAGGAUCGACGCGCUCGAGAACCAGGGUCAAGAGCAUCUGGCCACGAUGAGAGCGCUAGAGGCCAAGGUCAUGCAACUUAGUGACAGGAUGGAUGCAGCCGACCCCCGCAGUUUUCUCCUGCUUCCCAGGUUGAUACGCGCUGCGCACAUGAACAGCACGGAGACCGUCCGGGUGCUACUUGAAGAAAGAGUCUGCACCGGCCAGCGUGACAAGCAGAAGAUGACGGCCCUCAUGCAUGCAGCCCAGCAGGGGCACGGUGGGCCUGUUGAGCUGCUUGUUAAGAAGGAAAAGGGCCUCAAAGAUAAAAACGGCUGGACCGCGCUCAUGCACGCCAUACAUAAUAGCCAUUCAAAGGUGGCUAAGAUCCUCGUCCCUCAUGAGCACGGGAAGAGAAGCAACAACGGUCGGACUGCCCUGGUGAUGGCCGUGGCCAAUUCAUGUGUAGAAACUGUUAGGGCACUUGCCGAGUUUGAGCAUGGUCUUCGAGAUUCGCAUGGCCACACAGCUCUGAUGAUCGCCGCGGAGAAGGGCCACACAGAGAUCGCCUCCCUCUUGGUCCCGUACGAAAAGGGCCUGACCGACAGCAAAGGACGUACGGCCUUGAUGAUCGCCGCACAGCAGGGGAGCCUUGAGAUGGCCAAGAUCCUCCUUGAUCAUGAGAAGGGGCUGAGGGAUAAGCAACAUCACAACGCCCUAUACCAUGCUCUCGAGAAUGGGCACUUAAGGGUUGCCGAGAUGAUCAUCCCCUACGAGGACCCCAUCGAUGAGAACGGCGUCACGGCACUCAUGAGAGCCGUAGCCAGAGGGGACACUGACAUGGUAAGGCUGUUUAUACCAGUCCAGGGAGGAAUGAAGGACAAGGACGGUAACACAGCCUUCGUGCACGCCCUCAAGAACAAGCAUACAAGUAUAGCUCUGCUUCUUCGCGAGCAUGAGGCCCCCUCGUGGACACCACUCAUGUGCGCGUCCUUCACUGGAGACGUUACCAUGGUGAGGAGGCACUUCCACGAGAGAGACGUGAAGAACAGCGACGGCGAGACUGCGCUGACCAUAGCCGCGAGGGCGGGGCACAAGGACAUCGUGGAGCUCCUCGACCCCACAGAUGAGAAUGGAGUCACUGCCCUCAUGCGAGCUGUUGACAGAAACGAUCUGAUGGCUGUGAAGGCCCUCCUUCCUCUCCAGGGGGGACAGAGGGAGUUCGGAUCUUUCGACAUAGACGACUGGAUUAUUAUGCGCAACGGAACAGCACUGAUGAGGGCAGCAGCACAUGGCCACACAAGGAUAGUGGAAAUACUCCUAGAGAAGGAAGGCGGCAUGAGGGGUAGCUAUGGAUGGACAGCUCUCAUGAUAGCAGCAUGGAAUAACAAGCAAGACUGUGUUAAAUUACUGGUGAAGCACAAACGUGAGCGUGGUGCUUUGGGUUGGACAAACCUCAUAUGUGCUGCUUGUAUUGGAGAUGCUGAUGCAGUUAGAAGUAAUCUUCAGGAGGCAAGCAUGAGAGGUAGUAAUGGAUGGACUGCCCUCAUGCUAGCAGCAGCGAACGGCUACUCAGAGUGCGCUAAGCUACUGUUAGAGAAGGAGGGGUGCAUGCAGAGGAGUUACGGACAGACAGCCCUUAUACUGGCAGCACGGAAAGGCCACCCAGACUGUAUCAAGCUAUUCCUGGAGAAGGAAGGGGGCAUGGCAGAUUACUACGGAUGGACCGCCCUCAUGUGGGCAGUAUCCUGCAAUCAGAUAGAGUGUGUGAGACUCCUCGCAGAGAAGGAGAAGAACAUAAACAGGAGGAAGCUCUUGGACAUAGCCAAGGGCAAUAGCGAGAUGAUGGCCCUCCUCUCAGAAUAG